UAGUUAGUGUGUAAAUGACAUUAGUGAGAGAGAGAAGGCAUCAGCAAGGGCUAAGGCUCUCUCCACCGCCACCACCAGUGACUGCAACAGCUGACUUCACCCACCGGAGCUUUUUUCCGGCACUGUCCCCAGCCUCCAGUCCUGACUCUCCAGCCAUUAUUGAAAACCUCUCCGAUCUCGAGAAAGUUGAGGUUCUUGGCCACGGGGAUGGCGGCACUGUCUAUAAAGUACGUCACAAGAAAAGCUCAUGCAUUUACGCCUUGAAAGUUCUGCGGUUCGACAACAAUGCCGCCACCGGUAUCUUGCAACAGGUGGCGCGUGAGGCGGAGAUCCUGAAACUGGUUGAUUCGCCCUACGUUAUAAGAUGUCAUGGGAUUUUUGACAGUGGGGCGUUCAUGAGUCCGGAUCAUAGUAAUAAUGAGGGUGGAGGAGAUUUGUGUUUUGUAAUGGAGUACAUGGAAGGAGGCUCACUGCACGAUGUACUGCGAGCACGUCAGAGAUUACCCGAGCAGCUAAUCUCUCGCGUGGCAAAAUGUGUCCUCCAAGGACUGCGCUAUCUACAUGCCAUGCAGAUAGUGCAUAGGGACAUAAAGCCUUCAAACCUCCUCAUAAACGGUAGAGGGGAGAUAAAGAUUGCAGAUUUUGGGGUCAGUCACAUGGUUGCGGGUGCCCAUGAGGCGUGUGACUUGCACAUGGGUACGUACGCUUACAUGAGCCCGGAGAGAUUUGAUCCAGAGAGGUGGGGCGGCCGCAAUGCAGAUGGUUUUGCUGGAGAUGUGUGGUCACUUGGAUUAGUGGUGUUGCAAUGCUACGUUGGCCGGUUUCCGCUCAUUGGACCGGGGCAGAAACCGGACUGGCCGACGUUGAUGUGUGUGAUUUGCUUUGGGGAGAGGCUGGAGAUGCCCGAAACGGCCACGCCGGAGUUCCGGAGUUUCAUUUGGAGGUGUCUUGAGAAGGAUUGGAGGAAGAGAGCAAAAGUUGAUGAGCUUCUUGACCACCCUUUUGUGAAUAAAACUUGUUGCGCUUCUACGGAUCAAGAGCUCGUUAAUUUUGUUUUCCCUGUGGAUUGAGUUCCUUCUUAAUUUCGUUUUUUUUUUCCUUUUACACUCACGUUAGGUUUUUUCUUCUUUUCCAAACUUUUGAACCAUUUUGCCUGGCUUUUGGUCUUUGGUUGAAGAUACAUAGUAUGCGGAUCUUGAUUAAUUUAUAUGGUAUUAUGAUGAAAUUGAGAACAAGGCAGUGGUACUUGAACUUUGAUUAGGGUUUAGGAUGAUUGUUUAAUUAAUAUGGUAAUAUAUGAGAA